AUGAUUGUCCUGGCGCUCGUUGCGGACGGGGGGAAGGUCGUCGCGGAGUCGCACGACGAAGAGCAUGCACGGUUCCUGAGCGCCGCCGAGACGAUACUCGAAAAGAUCGAUCCAAGCACUGCGUCGCGGCUUUCGUACGCGUUCGAGUCGUGGCUCUUUCACUAUAUUGCGCAGGACGGCAAGGUGUUCCUGGCGGUCGCCGACGCGGAGCUCGGCCGCCGCGUCCCGUUUGCGUUCCUGUCGGAGGCGGAGAAGGAGUACAAUGCGGCGCCGUACAAGGAUGGGUUCAAGCAGCGCCUCGAUGGCCUGCGCGCAAAGUUCAACCAGGACCCUGAAUCCGAUCCGAUCAAGCGGGCACAGGCCGAGCUGGGCUCUGUCAAGGACAUCAUCACGCAGAACGUCGAACAGAUCCUCAGCCGCGGCGAGCAGAUCGAGCUGCUGAUGGACCGGCCGUGGGGCUCCGCCGCGAAAUGUGGUGGCGCAACAUGCGGGUGA